CAAACUGGGGACAUUUUGAGAUGGGCCGGUUUGCAGUACAGAGUCGCUAGCAAUCGCUGCAGACUAAUAACAAAGCAUGAAAUGCCCAAAAGACAUCCGGCUCCUGCCACAAGUCUCGCCGCCACCUCUCUCGCAGGACUCUUCGGUCAAUGUCGCAGCCCACGUAAGCUCCACCAGAUCCAUACACAAAUUGUCACAUCCCCCCUCUUCAACCGCCGCAUCGCCGCCUCUCUCAUCUCCCGCCUUCUCUUCUUCUGUUCUACCUUCCCUUCUCCCGCUUCUCUCGCCUACGGCUCCAUUCUCUUCCAUUCUAUCCUCUCCCCAACCCUCUUCAACUACAAUGCCAUUAUUCGAAUCCAAUCCUCCUCUUUCUCCUUCUCAAUCAGCCCUCUCUUUCUCUACAACCAAAUGCUUGGUGGCAGUAUACGACCAGAUCACCUUACAUUCCCCUUCCUUCUCAAGUUCUGCUCUUUACGGCUCGAUGGCAAUGCUGGCCAAGCUUUGCAUGCCCAUGUUGUGAAGCUUGGGUUCCAGCUCGACGUUUUUAUUCAGAACAGUAUGAUAAUCAUGUACUCCAGCUGUGGACUUCUUGUAUGUGCUGAGAAAGUGUUUGAUGAAAUGCCUCGAAAAGAUGUGGUUUCUAAAAAUUCAAUUUUGACAGGUUAUUUGAACUGCGGAGAGAUGGAUGCUGCGUUGGAUAUGUUUUCACGAAUGGAAGAAAGGAAUUUAAGAACUUGGAAUUCAGUUAUUGCUGGGUUAGUUCACGUUGGUCGGGCUAGAGAAGCUCUGGGUUUGUUCCAGGAGAUGCUGUUGUAUGACGGGGAGUCUGUUAAGCCUGAUAAUAUUACGAUUGCAAGUGUGAUAACCGCUUGUGCUUCUAUCGGAGCUUUGGAUCAGGGGAAAUGGCUGCAUAGUUAUUUAAGAAGGAAAAAAAUGGAUUUUGAUGUUGUGAUUGGCACUGCUCUCAUAGAUAUGUAUGGGAAGUGUGGAAGUUUGACUAAGGCAAGAGAAGUGUUUGAGGAGAUUCUGGAGAAGGAUGUUUUGGCUUGGACAGCGAUGAUCUCGGUUCUUGCGGUGCAUGGGCGUGGCGAGGAGGCUUUAGUUCUUUUUGAAAAGAUGGUGAGCCUAGGUUUGAAGCCUAAUUAUGUGACAUUCGGCUCACUCUUAAGUGCAUGUGCUCACUCUGGCUUGGUGGAAAAAGGACGUUGGUGUUUUGAUUUGAUGAAAAGAGUUUACUUGAUUAAGCCUCAAGUUCAGCAUUUUGCUUGCAUGGUUGAUUUGCUUGGUAGGGCUGGCUUGUUUUCAGAGGCUGAAACUCUGAUCAGAUCAAUGCCGAUGGAACCUGAUUCUUUUGUUUGGGGAGCUUUGCUUGGUGCUUGCAGGAUGCAUGGAAAUGUGGAGCUUGGAGAAAGAAUUGCUGGUUAUUUUAUGCAAAGGGAUCCUCUCAACCAUGCUUUUUACAUGGUUUUAAGUGACAUAUAUGCGAAAGCAAAGAGGUUUGAGGAUGUGAAGAAAAUUUGGAACUUUAUGAAAGAAAUGGGGAUCAAGAAAACUUCACCCGGUUGCAGCAUGAUUGAUGUUGAUGGCCAGCUUCGAGUAUGAGAUUUUUUGGUGCGAGAGAAAACGCCCAGUCAUGCCACCAUCAUCUAAGAUCAGUAUGAA